UUUUAUUUUUUAAUUAAUGAAGUUCUUUAUCCUUCACAAUUUCAAUUUCAAAUAUAUUGCCUCCUCAGGUUUCUGCUCAAUAUCUCCUAGUGUUAUCUAUGUUAAUUCCUUUCUCAAGAAGGCUUUCAUUUUAUAAUUGUAUUAUAAUAUUUGCCAUAGAAUCUAACAACUGUGACAACAGAACCAUGCAUGUGGUAGAAACAAGAAGUUUCUGAUUUGGAGCCUCUUAGGGAAAAAACAGGAGAGGUUCCUCUGAAUAGUAUAUCUCUUACACAUCUCUUCCUCUACCUUUUAUCUACAUUACUAGAUGUAGAGAUACUAUAAUCAUAGUCCAAUAUAGCUAAUACUUUAGCUUUAGCAUUUAAAAUUCCUAUAUUCAUUUUAUAUAGAUUUAAAUUUUUAUAUUUAAAAUGUCUGCAUACAUUUAGGUACUUCUGACAUUAUAGUAAUUCAUAAUACAUUUCCUUAUCAGGAGGUUACUUAUUCUGUAUCUUCAAUUAUUAAACCACAGAUAGACAAAAAAGGGACUUACAAGUAUUUGGAGGGAAAAACCACAAAGUUUAUGCAUGAAAUUCAUGUGCCUUAAGCAUGGUGAACCAAGUACCUGCAUCAAGGUACCAAGUACCUUCAACUUUCUGCUGAAAACAACCUAAAAUGCUGGAUAAAAUAAAAUCUUAAAUGCAUCAGUGCUCUGGGCACAAAGUGGAGGGUACUUAGACAAGGCUGAGCUCUGAAUCCGGCUAUUGCCUUGAGGAUAUUUGCCAAAUCAGAACUAUAAGAGUAAAUGGGUCCAGUAAUUGGAAUGACUCCAGAUAAGAGAGCUGAAACUCCAGGAGCUGAAAAGAUUGCAGGAUUAAGCCAGAUUUACAAAAUGGGAAGCUUGCCUGAAGCUGUUGAUGCUGCCAGGCCAAAGGCCACUCUAGUGGACAGUGAGUCAGCAGAUGAUGAACUCACAAACUUGAACUGGCUUCAUGAAAAUACUAAUCUUCUAACAAACUUCAGCCUUGGAACUGAGGGUCUUCCAAUUGUUAGUCCAUUGUAUGACAUAGAGGGAGAUGAUGUGCCAUCCUUUGGACCACCUUGCUACCAGAACCAAGAAAAAAAAUCAGCAACUUCAAAACCCCCAUACUCCUUUAGUCUUCUCAUUUAUAUGGCUAUUGAGCACUCUCCAAAUAAAUGUUUGCCUGUCAAAGAAAUUUAUAGCUGGAUUCUGGACCAUUUUCCAUAUUUUGCUACUGCACCAACAGGCUGGAAGAAUUCUGUGCGACAUAAUCUGUCCCUGAAUAAAUGUUUUCAGAAAGUGGAAAGAAGCCAUGGCAAGGUUAAUGGAAAAGGUUCCUUAUGGUGUGUUGAUCCGGAAUAUAAACCCAAUCUUAUACAGGCACUGAAGAAGCAGCCUUUUUCUUCAGCAUCUCCACAGAAUGGUUCUUUAUCACCUCACUAUUUAAGCUCUGUACUCAAGCAGAACCAGGUGCGAACCCUCAAAGAAUCUGAUAUCGAUGCUGCUGCUGCAAUGAUGCUUUUAAAUACUUCUAUAGAACAAGGAAUUUUAGAAUGUGAGAAGCCUCUUCCUAUUAAAACAGCAUUGCAAAAAAAAAGGAGUUAUGGCAAUGCGUUUCAUCAUCCCAGUGCUGUACGAUUACAAGAGAGUGAUUCUUUAGCCACCAGCAUUGAUCCAAAAGAAGAUCACAAUUACAGUGCAAGUAGCAUGGCAGCACAGCGUUGCGCAUCCAGGUCUAGCGUGUCUUCCCUGUCUUCUGUGGAUGAGGUGUAUGAAUUUAUCCCAAAGAAUAGCCAUGUGGGAAGUGAUGGCAGUGAAGGAUUUCACAGUGAAGAAGAUACAGACGUUGAUUAUGAAGAUGAUCCUCUUGGAGACAGUGGCUAUGCAUCACAGCCUUGUGCAAAAAUCUCUGAAAAAGGGCAGUCAGGCAAAAAGAUGCGAAAACAGACAUGUCAAGAAAUUGAUGAGGAGCUCAAAGAGGCAGCUGGAUCUCUGCUCCACCUUGCUGGAAUUCGUACCUGUUUAAGUUCCCUAAUAAGUACUGCAAAGACACAAAAUCAAAAACAACGGAAAAAAUAGAAAUACUUAAAGUGUGGCAAUACUCUUUCACUUAAUUCUUUACAAGGGAUAUCAAAGCCAUAAUGGACUUCGUUAGUUUUAGGGUAGGGAAGGGAUACUAAUUACUUACUUCUUUCAAAACAUUUUUGGUUUUUAAAAUUUUUAUUAAACAAUUGCUGUCAGGAUCAUGCCUGAUCGGAAAUAUAUGAUGUGAAGCCCUAAAAGCAUAAUUUUUGUGAUAAGUGUCUCCAAGAUUUGGAAAUUUUUAUAUAAGGAUAUCCCCAGCCUCUGUCUUAAACUUGUAGGACAAAAAUCCUUCCCUCUGUUAAUAUGUUGGAAUGUAAGAUUUGGUGACUCUCAAUUUUUUUCAUUUUCUUUUCCAAUCUGUAACUAUAGUUACUGAUCCAGCUAAAAAUUUUGCUGAUGUCUUUUUCAUAUACUUCUCUCCUGACACAUAGUCUGGUAGGAUAAGAUUGAUUUUUUUUUAACUUUGUCUUAUUUUGUUUUUAAUUAUUUUUUUGUUUGGUGUGAGCAAAGUCAAACAUAAAUUUAAAAACAUCCUGAUGUUUAGAAAGUUUCUUUUGGUUACAUAGGUAGAGAAUACAAAAAGGGUUCUAAGAUUUAGAAAGGGGAAUUUUGUGGUAUCAUUUCAUCUAAGAACACUCCCAAUUCCUAUUACGAUGGUAGAUUUGAAGUGUUUUUACUUCACAGAUACUGCAUAGCAUUUAUUGGGGCCUUUAUUUCUCUCCCAAGGUGCUUUGCAAACAUUAAGUUUUAGCCACUAGCUGCCUUUGUUGAGUGUAAGUUAUCCAGUGAGAGGAGAUAGCCAAUAAAAUAUGUUAUGGAGUACACCCAUUUUGACACACUUGUAAUAAGAGAAUCUUUCAUUUGCCUGCCGCAUGUACUGCAUUCUGAGAAUCUUGUAACAGGAAUGGAGUGUAAUGAAACAUUUUGAGUACUGAUUACAUAUGUCAUCAUAAGUAGGUCAUUUAGGAAAAAACUUCUGUCCAAGCUUUGUAUGAUUAAAUUCAUAAGUAUACCAAAUUAAAUGUUAACAGAUUUAGUGCAAUUUUACAGGCAAAAUACUUUGAUGAAUUUCAAAAUUCAUCUAAAAUUGAUCUUAUACAAUACACCCUUUUGAGGACACAGUGUAAUAACCUUUAGUGCCAUUGAUCCAUGAUGAAAAGAUUUUCUGGUACUAUUUCAAAAAUGCUUUGACUAAAUAUCUUAACUAUUUGAACAGUCUGCUUAUAUGAGACAGUUUUUCAUAGUAUCAUUUAUAUAGUUUGAUUAGAUUAUUUGGAAACAGGAUGCUAAACUAAACUUAUUCAUUGUAUUUUUUUUUUUUUUACAAUGGUGGAAGCACCUUUUCAAAAGUUCAGUCUUAUGCUGCAUCCUAAGUCAUAGACAAUGAUCUUGUUUUCAUUAUUCUGAUAGAUUAUGUACAUAUGUACACAUACAUACACAACAUGCACAGUCAAGGUAACAAUGUUGACUUGAUGCUUUUAGCUGUGUCUAUGAUUAUAAAGCAUUAUUUUAAGAGACAAAUAUUUUAACUUUUAUUUCAGCAAAACUGUCAUGAUUUUAAAAACUUUUUUUUCAAUUGACAAGACUUGAAGUCAGGCUAACAGUAUUAAUGUUCUCUGUUCUGUUUCCAUGUUAAAUUUAAUUUAACCUGGAUAGCCACAUUAAUGAAUUGGUGCUGUCAAAAUACAGUAAUUUUUAAACUUGUUAAUGAAAAAUAGCAUACAGGCUAAGGUAUUUGGGUUUUUUCUUUUUAUAGGUCACAUCUACAGAAAAUGACUAAACCGAGUUAACUUUUAUUAUAGACAGUGAAUAAAACACCAAAAAACCAAAAAUGCUUUAACCACAGUAUAAAUUAUAAAAAGAUUACACAUAUCAUUUUAAUAACUAUUUUUAAGUUAUUUACCAUAGUCUUCUGCAUAGACUUUAGGAACAGUGUUUCAGUGAUCUGGUACCAGUUUAUUUUGUUCUGAAAUUCUAUAUCACAAAUGUGCCACUUGGUUUCUAUCUAUUAGAUAAUUACUCUUUAGAAGAAAAGGAAAGUGAUCUAAGAGAAGCAGAGUUAGUUCAGGCUCUAGUAGGGAUCUUCAAAGUUAUUUUGUCUUGAUGUAUGUAACAGUAAUUCUUUACAUCUUUUGAAUUUUCUCUUCCUUUUUAUGCACUCUUCCCACAAAUUUAAAUGUUUAAGUUAUAUUCAUCACUAGCAAGGAUGAUAAACAUUUGUGCACUGAAAGCUAACAGGGAGAAGUUACACAAUAUUUUACAGUUUCAUAAACAUAAUUUAGUGCAUCACCUUCCACUUGCUAAUUUAGCAAGUCAGUUGUUUUCAAAGGGGCGAGCCUUUUAAAUUAUGGUCCUCCAAUUACUCCUUCCAUUGGGAUUAUGCUUAUUCCUCAGGUGUUUUGAGAAACAUGGCUAAUAACCACACAAUUAAGUAGAGUCAUUCCAAGUUCUAUGGACUGGAAAUUGUAUUCCCAAUAAUAUGCAAAUUUUCCUGUAAUAAAAACAGCUUGGAAACUCCAAGGAAGUUCACAUGUUUUCCAACAUAUCCUAAAACGGUGAUUUAAGCUAACAUAUAAUUUGCCCUUCAUCAAAACAAUACAAGUUUUGUUGCAACUGAUUCCAGUAGAUCCCUAGUAAAAAGCUUUGAUUCAGCACAAUUGUUCAUCUUUCACAUCCCAAAUAGAAUCAGUGUUUCUUGAAUAUAUAUUUUUGAAGUUUUUUGUGCAAUAUAUUACUAAAUCAGUUAUUAUUUUACUUUUCAAAUUCAGAGAAAGAAAAACAGAUUACCUGAAUUCAUGGAAAAGGUGGAUCACCUCCCUUUUUCCAUCUUCAAGCCUUUCCUGUCCUCAUAGCCAGCAUGACUUCUUUUAACUUGAAUUCCUUUGUAUAUAGUAUAGUUAGGUAUAUAUAUUUUUUCUUUUGCUACUUUCUGAGGCAUUAUGUAAAGAGUUCAUACUAGAUGUUCACUUCAAUAUACUUUAGCACAAAGUCAAACUAGAGAAUGUGUUAAAGAGGGAAUGUAUGUGUCUUGGUAGACUAGGAGGCCUUUCCCAGCAAUUUAAGCAAAAGAUGUGAAUACUUCACAAAGCUGUAAAGACCAUUGUCUUAAAUACUACAACACCUUAACACCCUUUUGUGAACGCCAUAGCAUUUAUUUAAGAAACUUUGAGGCUUUCUGGUUUACAUAUAUGUUAUAGGUUUUUUUUAAGUUUGAAAUGUGUAAGCUUUGAUUUAAACCAAGUUUACUUCAAUAUGUUAAUGAUGUAGUAAAAAUAUUUAUUGAAAGGCAAAUUGGAGUAUUUUAAUAUUAUACCUGCCAUUUUUUUUUCUUAAAGCAUAUUCUUUGCAUCUAACUGCCAGUGCCAUUGUCAAAACUUAUUUUUUAAAUUGUUGUACAUUUCUUAUUAAACUAAGUGCUUAAUUUUAAAGUAUUAUGUUGCCAUCAUAUAGUGUAUAAAAACGUAUAAUUGCCAAUUCAUUGUAACUAUUAUUUAUUUUUAAAUGAAAGUGUAAGAAUGCUUUCUGAUUCAACAAAUUUGUUAUCAAACUGUUUUCUUAUUCUUUUUUCUGAUGUCGCGUAAAAAUUGUCCCAGUUUGAGUUAUAACUGCCAAUAGAUGACCAGUCACAAGUGAGCCACUUCUCCGUUGCCAGUCUUUGCUCAUAUUAAAAACAACUUACAAACGCUUAGUUUUUGUAUCUAAUCUCUGGUUAUUAAAAUGUUUAUAAAGUUUAUUUUUACCAAAGAGAAGCAAUCCAUUAUGACAAAGUAUUGCAUAAUAAACUUUGUUUUAUAACAUU